AUGGAAAAGGACACCUCUUUUCUAUUCGCUGGUAUUACAUUCGACCGCAAAAAAUUUGCCCUCGAUUUCGCCAGAUUCCAGGAGAAAAAUGAGAGUGAUAAUCUAGUAGAAAAGCCCAUGUUGAUUGAAAAUGGAAAUUUUGAGAUAGAGGAAGGGACAUCGGCACUUGUCAAUAAGAAGAGAAAGAGAAAGGCAACUCUUUCGGAUCCAGUUAAAGGGUUCACUUUAUUCAAAAGUUCAAAAUCGAAAGCCGUAAAUGAAGGACCUGACCAGCAUGAAGAUGAAAUUUUACAGGGAAAGAAGGAAUAUCAUCAGCAACUAGAGAGGGAUGCACUUUUCCGAAAGACGCAUAAUAUUCAUGUUUCUGGGAGUAAAAUCCCAUCACCUCUUCAUAAUUUUGCAGAGCUGAGAUCAAGAUAUAGCUGCAGAUCAUAUCUAUUGCGCAAUUUGGCUGAAUUGGGAUUUAAAGAACCAACGCCAAUCCAAAGGCAGGCUAUUCCAGUCUUAUUAUCUGGAAGGGAGUGUUUUGCAUGUGCUCCAACUGGUUCUGGCAAAACCUUCGCAUUUGUUUGUCCAAUACUAAUGAAACUCAAGAACGCUUCAAAGGAUGGUUUUAGGGCGGUAAUUCUUUGUCCCACACGUGAAUUAGCUGCUCAGACGGCAAGAGAAUGCAAGAAAUUGAUUAAAGGAAAGAAGUUUUAUAUCAAAUUAAUGACUAAGCAGCUUGCUAAAGGCGCCGACUUUUCAAAGUUUCCCUGUGACAUACUCAUAUCAACGCCAUUUCGCUUGCAGUAUGCUAUUACAAAGAGAAAGCUCGAUUUAAGCAAGGUUGAAUUUCUUGUCCUGGAUGAAUCUGAUAAGCUAUUUGAGCUAGGUUUGGUAGAGCAAGUUGAUGCGGUGGUGAAAGCAUGCUCCAAUCCUUCAAUCUUGCGCUCAUUGUUUAGCGCUACUUUACCUGAUACUGUCGAAGAGCUUGCACGUACAAUUAUGCAUGAUGCAGUCCGAGUUAUUAUUGGGCGGAAAAAUUCUGCUUCUGAAUCAAUAAAGCAAAAAUUGAUAUUCGUAGGAAGUGAAGAGGGUAAGCUUAUUGCUCUUCGUCAAAGCUUUGCAGAGAGUUUGAAUCCACCAGUGCUACUUUUUGUCCAAAACAAGGAGAGAGCUAAGGAACUCUACAAUGAAUUGAAAUAUGAUGAAAUAAGAGCUGAUGUGAUACAUGCUGAUUUGUCCCAAAUACAGAGAGAAAAUGCAGUUGACAACUUCCGGUCUGGGAAAACAUGGGUUUUGAUCGCCACCGAUGUUGUUGCCCGUGGCAUGGAUUUCAAAGGUGUCAAUUGUGUGAUCAAUUAUGACUUUCCAGAUUCUGCAGCUUCUUAUAUUCACAGGAUUGGUCGGUCGGGCAGAGCUGGGAGGAGUGGAGAGGCUAUAACUUUAUACACAGAAGCCGAUGUUCCAUUCUUGCGAAAUGUAGCCAAUGUCAUGACUGCUUCUGGAUGUGAGGUACCCUCAUGGAUCAUGUCCUUGCGCAAGAAAAAAUGGAGGAAACACAGGCCACAGAGGGAAUCAAUUUUUACCAAACUGGAAGACGAGGAAGAAUAG